AAACAGUAGCCCUAACACCGUUUCAACCUUCACCUUACAUUUUCUAGCAGGAAGUGCGAAGAAAAACCAAAACAAAAUCCAAUAAAACAGUUUGUUUUAUCCGUCAUUAUGUCGGAGACUUAUGAUUUUCUGUUCAAGUUCCUUGUGAUAGGCAGUGCUGGAACAGGAAAAUCUUGUAUUCUGCACCAGUUUAUAGAAAACAAAUUUAAACAAGACUCAAAUCACACUAUUGGUGUGGAGUUUGGAAGCAAGGUUGUUAAUGUUGGUGGUAAAUCAGUGAAACUACAGAUCUGGGAUACAGCUGGUCAAGAAAGAUUCAGAUCUGUAACACGCAGUUACUACAGAGGAGCAGCAGGUGCCUUGCUUGUCUAUGAUAUAACAAGUCGUGAAACCUACAAUGCCUUAACAAACUGGUUGACAGAUGCUCGGACACUAGCAAGUCCAAAUAUAGUUAUAAUCCUGGUAGGGAACAAAAAAGAUCUGGAGGCAGAGAGAGAAGUUACAUUCCUAGAAGCUAGCAGAUUUGCACAAGAAAAUGAGUUAAUGUUUUUGGAAACAAGUGCUUUAACAGGCGAAAAUGUGGAGGAAACGUUUCUCAAAUGCGCACGACAGAUUCUUACAAAAAUAGAGUCAGGGGAACUUGACCCAGAAAGAAUGGGGUCAGGUAUACAAUAUGGCGACACAUCAGUGCGACGACAGCAGCGGCAACCCCCACCCUCAAAACGACCAGACUGUUCAUGCUAGCUUAUGUCAUGUCUGUGAGGAUGGAUGAGUGUGAAAAAUAAAUGAGAGUUAGACCCGGAGAGGAUGGGUUCUGGUAUACAGUAUGGAGAUGGUUCAUUGAGCCGAAUUCAGCGACAUCAAGCAAAGAAGGGUCCGAACUGCAGUUGCUAGCACCAGUCACCUAUCUCCACAUUGUUUCAACAUUAUACUCAUUGAAAAUAUGUGUUUUUUGAUUUUUUUCCAUGACUGAACUUUCAUUUUUGGUUGUUAAGUUUUAAUCUUACUGUCUUUUUGUUGAAAAUGAGUUUCACCUACUCAUUAUGCUGCAUCGGGUAUAUACUAUGAGCUUGUAAUCUCACAUCUUAUGAUCUAUAUCACUUUGAAAAAUAAUUCAAGCCACGCCAUGAGAAAACCAACAUAGUGCGUUUGCGACCAUCAUUGAUCCAGACCAGCCUGUGCAUCUGCGCAGUCUGGUCAGAAUCCAUGCUGUUCGCUAAUGGUUCGUCUAAUAGCAAUAGACUUUGAAAGCAAACAGUCUGGAUCCAUGCUGGUCGCAAAGCCACUAUGUUGGUUUUCUCAUGGCGCGGCUCAUUUGAUAUGAUGUCUAUAUGGGUAUCAUAGCGUAACAUGACUUUUUGAAGACCAAAAUAUUGUACAAUGGUUUCUUUUCUUUGUUGUAAAAGCUUAUGGAUUUGAGGUUUAAACAGGUAAUUUUAUAUUUUGUGAUAAAAAAUAAUCUGAGAAUUAAAUUUGAAAAGAGGCCAGUUUUUAUAAAUCUGAUUUGGUUGCUAAAUAAAUAGUAAAAAUUAGCAGCGAUUAAAAAUUAUAUGGUGUAUGAAAAAACAAUUUUUCCUAAGGUCCCGGGCAUUAAAAAUAGGUGUGCAUUUAAUUUAUAACAAUUUAUAUAUAUUUAUGAUGAAGUGAAAUAAAAAAAAUUAUGCAUCCAGAAACAUUUUCUGAUGUGAUUUCCAUGUAGCUACAACAUAAAUAAUUUCCAGUGUUGACAGAUCCUUAAUUAGGGAUUAACAAAAAAAAGGAAAACACUGCUUUUGUGAUAUGAUAUUCAGGUUUUUUUUCUGGUAUAUAGUUUAUACAUGUUUUAUACUACCUACUUAUGUUACUAAUCAAAUACGGCCAUCCUCGGACAAAUAAUAAGGCAAUAUGAAAUCAAAUAUAUUGACUCCCUCUGUGAGUUUAAUCAGCCAAAAUACUUGUUUGGCCCAGUUUUCUCGUAUUGGUCCCUAUUUUCUCAUAUUGGCUCAGUUGAGAUGGUAUUGGCUCAGUCUGCUUCAUAUAGUAUGCAUAAUCUAAAUAAUAUUAUGUGCGAUACUGCACAUUUGAAUAAUAUUUAGAUAAAUUGAAACCUGGAAAUUCAAACUUUACAGAGAUUUUACUCAUAUAGACAGAUGUUUAAGUGGUCCAUAAAUGUGAUUACUAUCAGGGUCGUCAGUAAUGUUUGAAGCAGACAGUUAAUUGGUGGUUUUGAGUUGAUUUCUUCUAAAUUUGUAGCAGUUUUACUUCCGUGAUGCAGUCUAUUAUGUAUAGAUUUAUAAAAGGGACUACCAAGCACCUGGAUUUUAUUGACCACCAUGUUGUCUGAAGUGGAUGACAAGGAAAAAUUGAGUCUCUAGGAAAAUCUCAAUACUGUUCAACCUGUAUAGAUCAUUUUUGAAUGAUAUAUGGCAUAUGGUGCUAACUGGGUGAAAGAAAUGUUGACCUUUCACUCUAAAAAAAUACCACUCCUGAAUUCAGAAUAUUUGUGAAUAUUAAUGUGCAUCACAUCCUAAAACUUACUCCCGUUUUGCAAGUUCUUAACACCACGAAUGAGGCUGCCAACCACAAAAUCGCUAGGUAAAGCCUAUAGGAAAAUUACCCAAUCUGCAGUUUCCUCUAUAUUUUCUCAUCGGAGUUGAUCUUAAUGUUGGCAGAGUUUAUUUUAAUGAAAAAAGACGAAGUUCUACAGUAUCCAAAUACUUGUACAUACUAAACUCACAGAAACAAACAACUUUACCAGUAUUCUCCUGUCAUCUUACUUCUACAAUAUAUUGUUAAUAGCAAUUACUAUUAUGUUCAUUUUUCAUUUAACAAAUAAUCAAGGCCUUCGCAUUGUUUAUCAUCUAAUUUACCACGGUUCAGAGUUCAGAUGCGUAGGAAUUGAACCACGAGGGCGUUAGCCCGAGUGGUUAAAUACUGAAGCAUCUGAAUGAUGAACCGUGGUAAAUUAGACGAUAAAUCACAAGAAGGCCUUGAUUGUUUUCAUUCUGACAUGCACGUUGAUAUAUUUCAAUAGAUAUUAUGCUGGAAUUCAUUUACGCGAGGAGUAAUGUAUCGGACGUCAAAAUUGACGUCAUAAUGCUCUCUUACCGGUCCGUGCGUCAAUCGUUGUUUAUCGCAGGAUAUAUUGCAUUUGAUUUUCUUCUUUGUUUAACUGGAAAUCAAUUUGAGCCAUGUUAGAAUGUUGUUUUACUUAGAAAAAAUGACAUUAAAUGUGACUUCUAUUAUGCAUAAUAUGUUCAAAUAUAUCGCUAAACAUCAGGAUAAGAACAAACUUCAUAAUAUUCAUAUACAUAGGACAGAAUGCAUGAGUUUAGAUAGAUUCUAAACUAAAUCGUUGAUUGUUGUAAAUACUGCAUCUCGACAAAUACAACCUGUCCUGUUGUUCAAGAUCACAAUGAUGUUGCAGUACUGUUUUUAUUUUAGAAAAAAGGACACCUGUGAUUUACAACUACUUUUAACAUCAUGUUACAAAUUUUCUAAUAUGCACUGCAAAGCAUAAAAGCUCACUCUUAUAGUUUGGCUCUUUAGACAAGAAAAGUAUGGUCAUAUCAUGCCAUCAAAUUUCUGUAUAUCUUGCAAUGUGAUAGAACAGAAUGUGUAUAGUAGUAGAACAUCUGGUCAUGUUUUUUUCUGAAAGGAUUUUUUGUAUGAAUGAGUUGAGAAGCCUAUUUCAGAUAAAACUGUGUGCUAUUUAUUUACUUCCCCACCUAGCAUGGUUGGUUCUUAAAAGUGAUAUUGUUGUAUUGACAUUCAGAAUCCUUGUUUAAAUGGUAAUGGAACACUAUGGUUUCAAAGAUGUGAAAAUGAUUUUUCACUGUUGUGCAGAUGACAGUAUGCUAUGUGCUAAACUAAUAUUCCAGGCUUCCAUUAUGAUGAUGUGUUGCCAAAUUAUUGUUAAAAUAUUUUUACAACAGUUUGCUGCCUUUGAACAUGUUUGUCAUGAAAAGGAAGCAGUAUAAAUCUGGUAUAAUAUAUAAUAUAAUAUACUUUAAAUUUAUAAGUUUUAUGAUAAAACUUAUAUCAUAGACGAUACGAUCUUGAGAGUCAAACUUAUUUCUUUGUAAGGACAAUAACAAACAGACCUAUCAGAAACCGUCUUGUGGAAGCGAAGACAUAGUCAUCCAAAUGGCGUCCGUCCGGAUUUGUUUGUUUGCACCAUACUUUUGAUAUGCAUGUAGCAAUCUUGUUUAUAUUUGGCAUAAAUGAUAGGUUACGGUCACAGUUGGAGAUCAGAGGUCAUGUCAGAUGUUGUCUGGCCUGUAACUUUGACAUGCAUUGAGGAAUCUUGUUUAUAUUUUGCUUGAAUAUUUAACUCAACGAGACGGAGUGUCUUGUGCAAACCCCAGGUUCCUAUCUGAAAAGUCAAGGUCACAGUUGAGGGUCAAAGGACGGGCUUGCAAGUUGACCGUGGGCAUCUUUUUUUAUGAAAUUUUUAUACAGUCAAACCUAUGCUAAAGAUCUCCAGUGAUAAGGGACCACCUGGCUCUUGAGACCACUAGUAUUCAUGUCCAUUUGUCCAUUUGAAAAUUGUGUUAUAUUUAGCGAGUAAAUAAAGAGUAAGAUCACUUUAACUAUACCAUGCAUGGUCAUUAUAUACAAGUUUGACUGUAUUAGAUAAUAAUUACAAACUCCUGUAACAAUAAUGAUAGAAAAUAUAUCAGAAUUUUGUCCUAGCAUAGAUGCUGUAAUUCGUGUUUGUGUGAUACAUCUAAAAUUAGAAAAAAAUGGAAGGUUUUUGAUAAUCAAAUUAUUAAAAUUCUUCUAAGAAUACACAAACCUUAAAAAACAAUAGACAUAUUGUGUUAUUGGUUACUAUUUUUACAUAACUGAAAACUAUCUAUAUUUUCUUCCCCAGCCAAAGGCGAAGACUUUAAUUCAUGAAUGUCAAAGUUAAAAGAUAAAAUAUACAAGAAUUUUCUGUGUUUCUCGAGCUGCGUUGAGGUUUAGUUUCAUGGAUUAAUUUCACAAAAAUUAGUCCCCAACAAAAACCAGUAAUGUUACAGUAUCCGCUUGGAAGAAGUCUCAAUAAUAUGGACAUGUCACAUGUUUCCACUAUUAAGAAGCCUAUCAGUAAUAUUGACAUGUCACAUGUUUCCACUAUUAAGAAGCCUAUCAGUAAUAUUGACAUGUCUCAUGUUUCCACUAUUAAGAAGCCUAUCAGUAAUAUUGACAUGUCACAUGUUUCCACUAUUAAGAAGCCUAUCAGUAAUACUGACAUGUCUCAUGUUUCCACUAUUAAGAAGCCUAUCAGUAAUAUUGACAUGUCACAUGUUUCCACUAUUAAGAAGCCUAUCAGUAAUAUUGACAUGUUUCUGGUAACAACUGAAGGUGAUGGAUAGCAAAGCUUUAGAAGGUGUCUGAAGGUCAGCUGAAUUCUAAACAUGUACUUGUGUAAAUGUGUUAUAUGCUCAUCACAUGUGAGUAAUUGAUGUACAAUGUAUCACGUAUUAAAGGUUGUGUGGCUUUUCAUGAAAUGUGUUAUACCAAAAUGAUGUUGAUGAACUAAAAGAUUGAGAGAAUAUGUAUUUUAAUGUGAUGUGCGCUUUAAAAGCAUUAUUGUUGUGUAUAAAUGAUUUAGCUGUUUUGUAAAUGAAGAAAUGAGCCGCACCAGGAGAAAACUAACAUAGUGCAUUUACAACCAGAAUGGAUCCAGACCAGCCUGCACAUUUGCGCAGUCUGGUCAGGAUCCAUGCUGUUUGCUAAUCGUUUCUCUAAUUGCAAUAGGCCUUGAAAGCGAACAGCAUGGAUCCUGACCAGACUGCGUGGAUGCGCAGGCUGGUCUGGAUCCAUGCUGGUUGCAAAUGCACAAAUGCAUGUUGGUUUUCUCAUGGUGCGGCUCAAAUAUUGUUUAUUAUUAUUGAAAAAUUUUUGAACAAUUGUUCAUCUGUUUAAAUUCUAGUUUUAGAUUUUUCUUGUGAUAAUUGUAUGUAUGGUAAACAAUGGACACAAAUUGUAUGUUACUUUAUACCAACAGCAAUUUCAUUCAAUUUAAGUCUCAUCUCAUUGCAGUUUAUUAUAGUUUCUAACACGUACAAACUUCUAAAAUAUGCAGUUAGUUUGUUCCUGUAUUUUCCGAUAUUUUUGAAAUUCUCUUAAUUUUCUUAGACCUUUUAUAUCACUUAUAUUUUCAAAUAUUUCCUGUAUAAAUUUUUAAUGCAUUUGGAAAUGGUUAUUGCUUUCUGUUAUCCUUUCUCACCAGAUUGAAAAUACAGAUAUUUAUUAAUCACUACUUAUGCUUCUUGUAGUGACCACAAAGAUAUUCAAAUAUAUUUCCGGAAAAGUUGAAAAAACAAAGCAUCAGAAGGCCUGCGAAAUAUACUGUCAUGUGUGUACAUAUUUAUGGAACGUUUUCAUUUUACAAUUUUUGGCACUGAAGAAUCAAAACAUACCGACAUGUUUUAUACUCCUUUUACACAUUUUCCCUAUUAAUAUUAUCCCAUAAUCCUUUUCUCAUAUUCAUUAUUCUGUGUCAGAUUUAAUCACCAUUUCUUUGACAAUGCAAACUUUGAAUUUCAUAUGUAAUGUGUAGCCAUGUAUUAUGUGUUCUGAAUUUCGAAGGUGACUAAACGUUUUGAUUAAGAGUUAUAAAUCAUCACAUUUGUCUGGUACAUGUGUUUAUAUUUUGGAAAAUCUGCAUAUUUUGCAGUGAAUGGACUCAAGAACAAUGUGUAUAUCACCAUCUUGUUUCAUUCACUAUGUCUGCAAGCCGAAAUGUUGAGAAAGCCUGUUUGAAUUUUAAGUUUUACAGCGUAUUAGUUUAGUACUGAUACUGAACAGAGUUUGGUAUUAUAAGAAUCUUUCACAGAUUGUAGGUGCGGUAGGAAUAUCUGGCUCAAGGUUAAAUGUAAGGUGGUAAUAAGUCAGAAAGUUUGUUCUAACGAAAUAUAGAUCAGGUUUGAAGAAGUGGUCACCUGCAGUCAAAACUAGGUCACAACAUCAAAUCAUAGCAAAACCUUGAAGACAUCUAGAUCAAGUUUGAAGCUCGGUCUUAUGGUGUCAAAAGCUAGGCCGCUAAGGUCAAGUUAUAGAGAAGAAAAAAAGUUAACACUCUACAGAAUGUUUUGCUUUAUGAAAUCUAGGUCUCAUUUAAAACUGAUCAUCUGGAUUAAAAAAAAGUAGGUCACUUUGAAAAAUCAAUAAAAAAAAAUGUUAACUUUCAGAAACUACAUUUUUAAGUUAAUUUGCAGGAAACAUGUUCAGAAUGUUUGUUUAAGAAAUAUAGGUCAUAUUUAAAACUAGUCACCUAAGAUAAAAAAAUAAACCCUAUGUCACUGGAUCAAAUCAUGAAAACACCUUGUUAAUACUAGAAAUGUAUAUUUGAUUCUGCUUAAAUUGAGUAUGUGCCGUGGAUAUUCAACUUCAGUGUUUCUUAACUGAACAAAGUAUAGUCCUGCAAUGCACACUUGUAACUGUCAGUUACAUACUUGUUACAAAUAUCUCAUAGUUCACAUCACAUAUUGGGAAUAAUUGAUGCAUAGCUUUUUCCAUGUGAUAGUGUUUAAGAAUAUACAGCAUUUCACUUGAACAUCAUGUACAUUCAUGACCAUAUUUACUUUACAUUCCUAAUAAAAGUAUAAGUUGUUAAUGUGUUUAGUAUUUCAAAAUUACAUUGCAAUUGUUAAUACCGGUAUAUAGAAGAUAAGAAACAGUUUUCUUAUUUCUUGUCCUGCCGGGAAUAGAUAUGACCAACCAGUUUUAUGUAAACAUAGCUAUAUCUGUUGUACUGUGUAAUCUUUACUUCGAAACUGUUUUAUGGCCAAUGGAAUUUAACCUUUAGCCUGCAGGUGGUAGUGAUUCUGCCUUUGCAACCAGUACAGACCAAGAUCAGCCUGCACAUCCUUGCAGGCUAAUCAUGGUGUGCACUGUUCGCUAUUCAGUCAGUAAAUUUUCAGUGAACUCCCCUUUGAUAAACAAGUGGUACUGCUCAAAUUGAAUGAUGGACCAAUCCAUUUUUAGAAAUUUAGCAGGGUUAAGGUUAAAUAAAAUGGUUCAUGUCAGUUCUAAUAUUGAAAUCCUAUCUGGUAUAAUCUCCGUGUCAUGGAGGUCAAAUGGAAAAAUUUGUCUGUAUUUCAGGACUUUUUCAUGCUUUUUGAAAUUUAAAAUAUUGUACCCAGUUAACCACCACAGUCAUUCAAGAGUUGAAACAUAUUUUUGGGUAGAUCAAUUUAUUUUCAUAUUAUAGCAGUAGUUAAUAGUUUUACAUCCCCUGUCCAGGGACAUUUUUCUCAAAACAUAAUGCCAGCAUACCUCCAGCCAGUACAAAGAUCUGGGGGGGGGGGGGGGGGGGAGUAUUUUUUUUUAUUAAGGGAGACUUUUCGGAAAUUAUUUUUGUGUCAAAAAAUGAAUACAAAUAAGGGGGUUAUGCCUUUAGAGCAUCAGUAAGUUGAUUUCUAACAUCACUGACCAUGUUUAAAGCAUAGAAAGCGCAGUUUUGCAACUUUUUUGUUAACAAGUUGAAUAAAAUAUUCUCCAAGGCCAUAAGAACAUUUAGGGUCGGGUCAAAAAUUUAGGGUAGGUUGGGAUACCGGAAACAAAGAAUUUUUUUUUUUACGCCUGAGUGUUAAUUUGUUUGAAAAUUUCUCAAAAUUUAAGAUUGAUAAUUACUUUCAAAUGAUGAUGUCUGUGUGAUUUUCAUGUUUAAAUCAGUGAAAUAAAACUUAAACAAGAAUUUUUUAACUGAACUUUAAACAAUACACUGUUGAUUAAUUCUGAAACAUUUUUUCCAAUUAUGAAAAAAAAAAAGUGCUUAUAUGUACUACUGGUACUAUAAGUGUUGGAUCUGUGAAAUAUUUUGUUCCCAUGUGUAAAUGUUGUAUAUGCGAUUGUAAAAUGUGUACUUGCUGUGUGCAUAGAUUAUUAUUUACAUCGUAGCAUGUGUACAUGUAAUAAUUCAUUUAUGUGUUUAACUGAGUCCACUCUUUUUGAAUGAUAUAGUAAAUAAUAAUUUCACCAUUAAUCAGUUGUUUAAGUAAUUGGUGCAUAUUUUUAUGAGACAUCAUGCAAAUGUCUUUAUGCGUUUGUACAUUGACAUAUUUAUUACAAGACUAACCCAGAUAGAAAAUCAUGUGUAGUGAAUUCAUGUAUACUUCAUUUGCAUGUUAUUUUAACGCACAUAUCAUUUAGUGUCUGCUUGAGAACACUGCUCAGAUAUAUUGUCUUCUUAGAAUAAAUGAUUUUUAGCUCUACUAUUCAAAGAAUAGUAUAGCUAUUCUACUCACCCUGGCAUUAGCAUCACACCUUGGUUAAAGUUUUGCAUGCAAGUACAUGAUACGGCUAUCUUUUAAAGGCAUAUAGCUUUGAAACUUAUUUUUCCUUUUUCUAGGUCAAUUACCAACCUCACUAGGUCAAGUCCCAAAAUUCUGACAUGUACUUUGGCCAAAAUAUGCCCCAUUUUGGACUUAGAAAAUCCUGGUUAAAGUUUUGCAUGCAUGUUACUUUCUCCAAAACUUAUGCAAAUAUUGAAUUGAAACUUCGAAUGUGUCUUUUGGGUUAUAAAAUUAGGUGAUAGCAUCAAGUCCCAUAACUUUGACAUGCAUUUUGGCCAAAUUACGCCCCCUUUUGGACUUACAAAAUCCUGGUUAAAGUUUUGCUUGCAAGUUACUAUCUCCAAAACUAAUGCAGAUACUGGAUUGAAACUCUAUAGAUAGUUUAGCUUUUAGGGUAAUAUUCCUGCUUCUGGGACAACAACUUGAAUAGUCAAGCAUUGGCUGUCUAACGGACAGCUCUUGUUUAAUGCCUUUCUCAGGUUUACUGAAAUUUUACUUUCUUUUAGCUAGUAAACUCAGUAUUUUCAGUGAGUUCUGAGCUUCAUUGUGUAAGAAUGUCAACAUUAUUUUCUGUCAUUAAUAAACUUUGUUACAUGCUGGUAUACAUGUUUUCUUACAAAACUGUAAGACUAUAUUCCCUGUCUUAAUAAAAUACAUGUAUAGUGGAAAAAGACCCUAACACUUUUAAAAAUACUGUGCCAUCAUGAUCAUGGACACAACAUAGAGUGGGUCAUAUUAUUUCGAAAGUGAGUGGGUCAUAUUAUUUCAAAACUGGUAAAUUUUAGUAAAUUUACAGGGAAAGAAACAGGUCUUACAAAAUUAAUACCGCAUUUUAGUCUUUUUCAGCAUUCCUAUCUUCCUAUCAUUUGUAGUUUGUAUAAAGGCCAUGUCUAGAGAUUUACUUGUCUCGAAAGUUAACCUUUAGCCUACUGGCAGCAAGUGAUUCUGCCUUUGCGGCCAGUGGAGACUAAGAUCAGCUUACACGUGCAGGCUGAUCAUGGUCUGCACUGUUUGCUAUUCAGUCAGUAAUUUUCAGUGAACACCCCUUCAAAUAAUGAAUGGUAUUACCCAAAUUAAAAGAUGGACCAGUCCGUUGUAGAAAUUUAGCAGCUUAAAUGCUAAUCAGUAGGUUACAAUUUGACAAGGAGGAGUCCGAAGUUGGUACAUUUUGUAUUUAUAAUAAAUUGGAAAUUAAAAGUAUGUAAUAUAAUUGGUCAGUGUGUCAAGUAGAUACUGUUUUUUAUAGAGGCAUAAUGAGUUGCUGUAGAAAUGUAAGAUGUUUAUUUGUUACUACUGUGAAGUAUAUGUAUUAUUUGUUAUAUUUUCAUGUUGUUUCAUUUAAAUUGUUUAUAUUAUUAUAUAAUAUGGAUUCAUUUAUUUCAUGUCUAUACAAACAAAAAGAAUAAAUGCAAAUGCUUUACAAA